AUGAGAGCUGGUCGGAUCAAGCAAAGGAUCAUGCCUCAGCUGGAUGCGUUGAGUGCCGAGAUGAAGGAAGCAGAAAAGAAGGGGAGUCAACAGCAACUCAUACGGGCCCAAACGAAAUACUCUCAGUUCAUAAAGGAGCACGGGUCAAUGGUGACGAUGAAGGGCAUGAUGGGCAUGUUCGUACAAAUACCAAUAUUCACUACUGCCUUCCUUUCCAUGCGUCAGAUGUCUAAUCAUCCUCAUAUAUUCAAAGGGUUCCCGAUGGAGACGCCGUUAUGGUUGGAUUCCUUGGCUCUCUCGGAUCCGAUAAUAGUCUUGCCAGUGUUGGCCUCGGCCUUGCUAUUGACUAAUAUAGAGUUCUUCGGAUCGCUGGAUUCAGCACAAGCAGCAGAAGCUGGGGACCGUCCUGAUACCAAGAACAAGCUUGGUAUUGACCAGAAGACUAUGCAGAAGUAUUCCCGCCAUGGUUUCCGAGCCCUUUGCGUCAUUGCUCUUCCCGCCACAAUGUACCUUCCUGCGGGCCUUUUUGUCUACACCUGCACGAAUGCCCUGUGGGCAAUCACCCAAAACCGUAUACUGCGGCUGCCUAUUGUAGAACAAGCUCUCAAUAUACCACAUAAUAUAAAGAAAGAGGAGAAGAAGGAUGAGACUUAUUUCGACCCGGGCUCGAUCGUCACCGUUGAAGAGGCGCUACGAAUAUCUAAAGAGAACAGUCAACGUGCUGAACAAAUUGCUCGAAUGAACUUAGAGCAGAAGCUUGCGCGGCGGCAGGCGCAGGCGGCCGUUGAAGUCUCUCUCCCACGAGUUGUGAGUAUGAAGAGAAAGCAAAAGGGAGAGUGA